UCUACAGUAUUAAUACUGUGCUGCUCUUUGGUUUCAAGAGUUUUGGUUUCUCUUGAAACCAAAACUGUCCCUUGUCUUCAUUACUUGCUGAGGACUUUAGGACAUCAUUAUGAGCAACUUUGGGCAAAUCUUGAAGGAGAUCGGGGAAUUUGGCUUCUUUCAGAAACGUCUGGUGGCUGCAUUAUGCAUCCCCAGCAUAUUUCUGGCGUUCGAUGUGAUCGGCCAGGUGUUUACAGGUAUGAACUUCCCACACCAGUGCAACACCAACUGGAUCUUGGAGCAGGGACCCAACCUGACUGAUGAAAGACAAAGAAACCUCACCAUACCCACUAACAGUGAGGGAAAGUUUGACAGCUGCAAAAUGUUCACACCUGUAAGUUUGGACCUGGAAACCAUUGAAAGGUACGGACUUAACGAAACAACGAGAUGCAUAAAUGGAUCAGAUUUUGAAAUGCCCAACCAUGCCUCCAGCAUUGUGACAGAGUUUAACCUUGUGUGCGACAGAAGCAGUUUCAUUGAGGCAUCUCAGUCUAUUUACAUGGCCGGUCUUCUGGUUGGAGCCUUUGUUCUGGGACAGAUGGCUGACAGGUUCGGCCGACGUUUUGUGGUCCUGCUGUCGCUCCUCAUCUUAUUUGUGUUUGGAGUAGGACUGAGUUUCUCACCCAACAUCUACGUUUACAUUGCUCUCAAAUUUGUUUGUGGCAUUUCAACAUCUGGAAUUGUUGCAAAUGCCUUUGUCAUUGGCGGAGAAUGGAGUGAUUCUUCAAAGUUUGCUCUCUGUACCAUCAUCUGCCAUGCAUUUUUUCCUCUGGGACUGAUGAUACUUUCUGGAGUUGCUUUUUUCAUCCGCAACUGGAGGAUCCUGCAGAUGGUGCUCUUCAGCCCUCUUAUUUUAGUACUGCUAAUCUUCUACUGGAUUCUUCCAGAGUCAGCUCGCUGGCUCAUUACACAGGGCAGGAAGGAGGAGGCCGUAACGGAAGUACGGAGAGCCGCUAAAGUGAACAAGAGGAAAGUGCCAGAGGAGCUGCUAGAGAAACUGGAUGGCAUGGGUGCGAACAAAAAGGGAACCAUGCUGGACAUCUUCAGGUUAUCAGAUUUGAGAAAACGGGCUCUCAUAAUGAGCACCGUCUGGUUUGCGACAAGUCUGAUGUACUAUGGGCUAAGUCUCAAUGUUGGCAACUUUGGUCUGGAUAUUUACCUCACACAGUUCAUCUUUGGCAUAGUGGAGGUUCCUGCUCGUGUAGGUAUUUUGCCACUGUUACAAUAUUUUGGAAGGAAAAUUUGCCAAGGAGGAGUCCUGUUGUUCGGAGGUGCUGCUUGCCUUGGCAUCCUUGUUAUACCAAAAGGUAACAACCUUGGCUUUGAAAUGUUCUAUUUAAAAAAAAAAACACAAUUAUCCUUCAUUUUUUUGCUACUAGGUUAUCUAAUGGUUGUGGUUAUAAAAAGUCCAGCCCUCAUUACAGAAAAGCAAUUUGUUUCCUCAUCAGAUCUUCCCGUUGUGAUCACAGUAAUAGCCGUUCUGGGCAAAUUUGCUGCCACUGCCAGUUUUGCUACAGUUUACGUUUAUACAGCAGAGCUAUACCCCACUAUUCUGAGGCAGAACGGCGUGGGUCUGAACUCCAUGUGUGCUCGAGUGGCAGGAAUCCUUGCUCCACUGAUCCGUCUCUUGGAUGUUUACCAUUAUACCAUCCCCAUGUUGAUUUAUGGCAUUGUCCCCAUCGUGGCUGGAGUUCUCUGUGUGCUGCUACCUGAAACUCGCAACGCCGAGCUGCAGGACCUUGCUGAAAACAAAAAAUCUUCUGAUGAAAUCACAGAGAAAGGAUCCUGUGCUCAAGAUAAUAAAGAAGAAAAGAGCACAAAAUUGUGAUUGUUUCGGAGGAUACUGACAUUAUGACUGAUAUUAUAGUUAUUUUUUUAUUGAGUUAACUGUAGAGUUCACCAUUUGAAUUACGUGUCACAUUUUAUUAGUUGUUACAAUUGAAAAUUUUUUGACAGUCCAAAGAUAAUGGGUCACAAAUAAAUUAAAGUACUUUUAGUACUUUUUUCCCCUUUUCUUUUUAAUGAUAUGUAAAUGUUAAUAUGCGUCUUUAACAGUCAUGUGUAUCAUAACAGAAAAGCAGUGACAAUAAAACAGAUUCUGUCUGACUGUGAUAUAUUUACAUCCUAAACAGGUCUACAUAUGUGCUUCCUUAUUAGAAUAUAUAUAUGUAUUGCAAACCAUUGAGAAGAGAUGGACCAAUUAUUUUUUCACUAACCAUUUAGUUGUUUAUUGUUACAAGAAGAAAACUGUCAUUGUGAGAUAUUAUGAUUGAUUAUGACACAUAUAACUGAUAUCUGAAAGCCCUAAAUACUAACAGUACCAUUUGAAUAGUUAAUUUUUCUAUUUGAAUAGGUUUUUCCAAGUUGAUUCCAUGAGAGAAUAAGAUAUCAAUGUAAUUAUAUGUGGACAUGUGAUUGAAUGCAAUCAUUGUGUGCUGUUUAUUUAUUUGCAUCACUGAAUUGAACUAUUAUUCAGAAGAGACCUGUUUUAUAAUAACUUAUAUUGAUCUUAUAAUGAAAGGUGGAUUUGCAAGAUUGCCACUGUAUACAGUCAAAAACAACCAAAAGGCAAAUGUAUUUUUUUCACCCGUAAUUGUAUUAUCAAUAUAAAAAAACAAAAAAAACAAAACAAAAAAAAAAAACACUGGUACAACCUCCCUGACACUCAUACUGGCUGAUGGUUCCUUUUAGUGACUCUGACCACAGAAAUAAAAUUAGAAAACAUGCAAUGAAAGCAUUCUUUGUGGAAAUCGUGAACAAAAAUAUUAAUAAUGCUCAAGCUUUACUUGCAUCAGUUGACAAGUCCACAAACCCUCCUGUGAUUGAACCAUAUGAACUUCACUAAAGGGUCGGCAAUGAAGUUCACAUGUUAUGGCAAAGAAAAUUUAAAAUAAAUUACAGGUUUAAUCUGCACAUCCAUUAGUAAACCAAACACAUGCAGAAUAAAUGACCCAAUUCCAACAACUCAACUAUAAAAGCUUAGAAGAACUUAUGAGUCAAUUAAAGUCAAGUUCCAUAAUUCAGCAACAUGAUUGUUUCUGGCUGUGUCUGCUGUUUUGGCAAAGAAAUGUCUUAGUUGCUGUUUCUUAAUGACAAGAGAAUCUUCAUGCUUCCUAGCUAAUUUUCUGCUAAAUUAAACUUUUAUUACUGGCACAGAGAGUUGGCGGCACAGUAUUAUACAUGUAUUAUUAACAGAUUAAAUGAUGCUUGUUUAUUAAGCUUGUUUGUCACUUUAAAAACAUGCUUUUCAUUGAGCACACAUUUCUGUCUUUAAAAUGUUAACUGGUCUGAUAAUGCUC